ACGCCAUUAGUCAGUUGUAGUCCAACGUUCAUCGUUUUUAGACACGAAAAUGAGUGUUACAAUGGAAUCAUUAAAAACUGUUUUCCUAGUUUUGUUGGUCUUUUUUUUAAGUGGCUCUGUAGUAAACAGCUCCGCUGCUCAGCAUUUGAUCCGCUUGAAUUCAACCCCGUAUUACGAUAACCAAACGGCCAGGUUGACAUGUGAUUUUAAUUUUCAUAUCGUUGCUUCGACUACGCCGGCCAUUAUCCUUCGAGUCAUAUUGGAACUGCUAGAUUAUGACAAGAAAGUGAGCAACACGUCUUCUCUAUUCACAGUCAAUUCAACUGAACGAUUCCAAUACAUCGAAACACUAAACUCGGAGAUCUUCGCCAAGAAGAAUGUGACAGUCUAUUUCGACCAUGUCUAUACUGGACAUUACAAACUAAAAGUGGAAAGAUGUAGGAGUCGAUAUAGUUGUUACCAAAAGAUCCACGAAUCUGACCUAGGCUUUCUUCGAACAAACCUUAACAACGUUGAUGUUGCAAAGAUGAACAUAAGCAUUAGCACUACACCCACUGAUAUCGGGGGAAUCGACGUGGCAUUCACUGUUCAGUAUUUUAAUGAUUCGGGGAUGUUUCUACCGUUCGAGGAGUUUAUGGUGACCCUUAUUCCAUCUGAUGGAACCCAACAAGCUUAUUACAGAAAAGUGAUUGGUGAAACCAAAGCGGAAUUCCCUCCCUGCUUCGCUUUGGUGAGCAACCUUACCACCGAAAUGGACAGGGAUGUGAUUGGUUGUGCCAACCUUACAAAUGGCCAAUACACUACAAGGAUUGAUCCGAUCGACAAGAGAUGCAAUUUCCCUGAACAAAUUGUGGCUUCGAUCAAACGUCCUUGUCGACGGUACAUUAUUAGUAACGUCAAUGUCAUUCCAGUUCGUCUUCGCAGGGACGAAGACACUUUGGAGAAUAGGAACCAAUUUCGACCUUUUGGCACCAAAUUGGAUACUGUUCGGAAUGGAGAACUAGAAGCUCAGGAUUGUUCCAGAAUUUGUAGAUUCUUGAAGUUUCUUCUCAGCAUCUUUUAGAUGACGAAAAUAUAACAAAUGUGGUUCUGUGGCCCAAUGGAUAAGGCGCUUGCCUACGGAGCAAGAGAUUCCAGGUUCGAUUCAGGCAGGAUCGUUGUAGUAAUCAAAUUGUAAUUAUUGCAAUCUUUUAUAGUUAUAAUGUUUUAAUCUCAAUAAAUCUCGCUAGUCGCAACUUGA